AAAGAAAUUUCGAGAAGAAGCAGAGAAGGAAAGAUUAAAAUUGUACCAUCACAACCAACGCUGGAUCAGUUUAGCAUGACUAGGCUAUCUAUAUAGUAUAAUAUUAAUACUGUAUUAAGGUUUAGCAAGGGUCCGGUCGGUCAUGAUGGUGGGUGCGAGAUCAAAUAUGAUUAGCAAACACUGUCUGCAAUAGAGACUGCUUACACUACCCAGACAUAACAUGCCGAGCCUUAAACCAGAAACUGUGGUCUGUUACAUCUGUGGUGGAGACUUUUGUGGCACCUCUAUUGGCACCCAUGAACCACAGUGUCUGAAGAAAUGGCAGAACAAAAAUACGAAAUUGACCAAGGAACUGCAGCAGCCAACACCAGUGAAACCUCAGAUUCUACCAAACAUAAAAAAAGGAAAUUCAAAUGGUGACAUCAAACGUUUUAACAAAGCCGCUCACCAGAACCUGCUGGGGCAACUGGUUCCAUGCUCAAAUUGUGGAAGAACUUUCUUACAUGAAAGAAUCAACAUUCAUGAACAUAUGUGCAGAAAAGCCACUGGUGCCAAACUAAAACCAGGUCAUCAGGUCACAUCUCGCUCAUGGGGCGGACAAGAAAUUGAACAUCCUCAAGAUGCAAAACGCUCUCGUUCUAUAACAUUAGAACAUCCUAGUGCUGUGACAAUAUCCCAGAGGAGUAAAGUGACAAUAACAGAUGAAACUGGAGCAGAAAUUCAGCCUCAUCCACCAAAACGCAGUGGAAACAACUCAGCCAGAUCAUCUGCAUCUGGUUCUGCAAGUUAUACCAGCAGGCAAAAUUCUGGCAACGGUUCCAACCAUGGACCAUCUCUGAUGAAACGACGUACAGUUCUGUGCUAUAUCUGUGGCCGAGAAUUUGGAUCUAAGUCAAUCUCAAUUCAUGAACCACAAUGUUUAAAAAAAUGGGAAUUGCAAAACAGCCAGCUGCCAAAACAUUUACAGAGACAACCACCACAAAAACCCAAAAUGCAAGCUAUCAACUCCUCAGGAAAUUAUGAGUACAACCAAGCUGCUCAGGAAGCUGCAAAUGACAUGCUUGUCCCUUGCUCAUUCUGUGGACGCACAUUUGUGCCAGACCGCAUCGUAAAACAUGAAUCUAUAUGCCGGUCGAAAUCUGGAAGCGUAAAAUUAAUGACAUCAGAGAUGAUGGAUGCAGAAAAGUCUGUUGAGUAUAAUAAUCCUUUAUUCACUAAAGCAAACGAUGCAAAAAUAAACGAAUCAAAGAGAAUUAUAAAAGUGCAACGAUUGAUCCAGCCAAGAACUGUCAUCUGCUACAUAUGUGGGCGUGAAUUUGGCACAAAAUCUCUACCGAUUCACGAGCCGCAAUGCUUGAAGAAAUGGACAAUACAGAAUGACAACUUGCCUCCUGGAAUGCAAAGACCAAUGCCAAAGAAACCGGACAAUAAGAAAGGUCUGCCUACCAGUGUCAACAUAAAUGAUGCCGCAUGGAAAGCAAGCCAAGGCAACCUUGUUCCAUGUAAAAACUGUGAACGGACUUUUCUGCCUGAGAGAAUAGAAAGACACGAAGCUGUCUGCAGGCCUCGGACAAGGACUAUCACUCGCUCAGGUCCAGAUACUUUGAAGCCCUCUAAUUACCAUCAAACACAAAAGAAACCUAAGAGCACGGUGAUAAGACGCCCUCAGACCGUCGUAUGUUACAUCUGUAGUCGGGAGUUUGGUACAAAGUCUAUCUCAAUUCACCAGCCACAGUGUCUGAAGAAAUGGCAUAUUGAAAAUAAUAAGUUACCACGUAAUCUUCGAAGACCAGAACCAAUUAAACCUGAAGUCAGGACUCUUAAUAGUAAUGGAAAGUACGAUCUAGCAAUGAUGAAUCAAGCAUCGUGGGAAGCAUCGCAGAAGGCUCUUGUACCAUGUCACUGUGGGCGGACGUUUUUACCAGAUAGGUUACUUGUACACCAAAGAUCGUGUAAACCAAAGACGUAAUUUUAAAUGAUCAAGAUGGAAUUGUGAGUACAACACUGCAAGAUAAUAGUCACCUAGCUGGAAGUCUCAUACAUAAUGCAUCUGUAUUUCUAUGGCAACAGAAAUGCAUCUGCAUCUCUAUGGCAACAUAACAUGGCAAUUGUAUUGUUAAUACUAUUUUAUUGUUAGUACUAUUGAUAAUAAUAACAAUAAUAAUAAUAUAAAUAAUAUUUUAUUGUUGAUGAGGCAGAGGUGGCUCAAGGAUAUAAAUCAGGGGUGAAGCAAAGCAACAGGGGUCUGACAGUUACAAGAUGGGGCCAGCAGGUAUCCCAGGUUCAGGGUCUUAUAGAUCCAGGGAAACUGGUCAAAUUUUUUCCAAUGACAAUGAUGGAAUGGAGCAUGAACCAUUUUGUAAGGAAGUAAAGGGGAAGGGGUUGGUACAAUUGAUAAUAAUAAUGAAAAUAAUAAUAAAAAAAAACUUGCGCCAAUAAUUAAUUAAUUGAUGAAAAUUAUUUGGCAUUUUAUAGAUCUCUGUAGGCUUGGGUUUGGUCGGUCAGAAAUGUUUCUCUACGGGUUGUUUGCAAACAAUAAUUCCCGAUGUACAUUGUGUUCGGUAAAAUUGUUACCACAGGGUGAUAAGGCAUUUAUUAAAGCUUGAAAAAUUGGUCUUUUUAAACAUCAAACUAAUAUUUGAGGCUUUUUAGUCAAAAUCUUCAUAUUUUUGGCUCAUGUCUCAGUCUGUCAGAGAAAAUAUGAAAAAAAACCCCCCAGUUUUCACCAGAGACAGGCUAUAAGCUGUGUAGAUAUUUUUAUUAUGUUAAUAAACUUAAGCAUGAAUGGUUUCCUAGCAACUGGCUAGCUCAUAUAGGCUCAACUUCUAUUGUUGUCUUUCAUGCAUGACUGGAUCUUGAUACACACCCACACAAAAGCAAACCACUAUAAAUAUAUUUUAUUAUUAACAACAAUGAGUAUAUAUUAUUUUGAGUAAUAAACAUGACAGUUAUAUCAACUAUAAAAUUAUGUGUGCAAAUAGUUAAUUACUAUUAUAAAAUGGAUAUUUUAUGGGCAAUAACUCAAACUUGCCUACGCUUCAGGUUAGGUUUGAAUUGUGUGCCCUCAUUAUUCAUGACAAAGAUACUGGCUUAUAAUGAAUUAUUUAGUAUUUUUUAAAUUUUGUUUUAGAAAAUUCAGAAAGGCAGUAGUAUCUUGAAACUCUUGUCUCACCACGGCCGUCAGUGGUGAAAACAAUGUAACUCUUAAUUUAAUUAAAAACUUUUUAAACUUUGAAAAUUUCAAAGUGCCCUGUAGAAAGGCCGACCAAUGCCAUGGCUAGAGAUUCAGUACCGUAGCUUAACUUCCGUUUUGCUAAAGAUACGGUAAAUUGCAUCAUCCAAUAAAAUGGCGCCAUCAGUGUGACGUCACCGUCAAUAAAGACUUGUGAAAUCGCUCGCUGAAUGCAGAGGAAGCUGGUAAAGUAACAUUUAGUACUUCUAUCUUGAGAAUAUGAGUUAAUCCUAUAACGGCACCCAUCAUAUUAGUGAUUAUAACCCAGAAUACAAAUAAACUUACAAAACAUAAAGAAGAUACUAAAUUAAUUUUAACGGAAACUUAAUGCACUAUAUUUUUAUCCAUAACACUGUAAUUAUAAGUUACAUAACUAAUGGUUUCAAACCUAACUUUCAUAUAAAUGAUCAGAUCAAAUGUUACACUAUAUCAGGAAAAGGUAAAAUUAAUUACGAAAGCUAACACAUUGUUAUUGUAUACUGUAAGCAUAUAGUCUUUGCUUUUGUACAGUAAAGGUGUUAUGUAAUAUAAUGUAUCUUCGAGUAACUAACAAUCACUUGGUUUACUUUCUGGUAUGCGAUAGAAGAUUGCCAUUACAGUACUGUAAUUGUUCUGUAGUCGUGGCAUUUUAAAUUUAAAUACUGUAUUCAUUUUUGGCAAAUUGCUAUGAACUGGUUUUGUGCUCUAUGAGGCUGACGUCAUCAGUGAGGAACUCAGUAGGAAAGCAGGAUCACAGCGAGCGAUUUUUGAACGAUGUUGUCAAGCUGGUGAGAUACGGUAGCGUACCUCUAGCCACGGCAUAAAAUAAAAUAGCUGUCACGAUGGCGCCCUUACCAAGAGAUCUGUUUACUAUUCUAUUUGACUAAAAGGUAGUCUGCAAGUUCACUGUUUAUUUUUUCCAUUGUUUCAUUGUAUGUUUCUGUUAAGUAUCUCAUGGUUGGUGUAAAAUAAAUUCUAUUUUUAAAGUGCAUAUGGACAUAGAGUAUAUAAUUUUGAAAUUUCAGUAAAAAAAUGUGUGCGAGUUAAAGUAUAGUUUGACAGGAUUUGUUACCAUUAUUCUGUAAUUUUUAUAUGUAGGCAUAUACGGAGAUUACACUGUUAUUUUGUGGUCCAUAUAGAUAUAUCAUUGUAGAUAAAAAUGUAUAUUUUUUUAUACAAGAUGUUAUUGUAGCAUAGUUGUCAUUAUAAAUUGUGUUGUACAUGUACAUGAUAAUGAAUUGUACAAUAGUAAACAGAUCUAGUAAAUGUUAUUUCAACAAUUUUUUUUUUUAGGGUGGUCCAUUCAGCCGCUGCUCAUUAUUGGGACCACCAAUACACAGAUGCGCACUUAAAAACAGCAUAGGGAUGCAUAAGACUGCCCUCCAGGUUUCCCUUGACUGAAAAAUUACAAAUCACCACUCAACAACACAAUGCGCAAGCUAUCACACCCACACUUUCCAUCGACCCUCACCCACGUCAAUACUCUUAUACACCACUGUCAAUACAUAUAGACCAAGACUAUUGAUUACAAUAGAACGAUAUAAAAAAUGAUAUAGAAUACAGUAAUGACAUAUGCGUUUGAAUCAAUAAGUUAUGUAAUCUUUAAUACGGUAAUUAAAUUGACUAUGUCAUAGGCUGGGCUGUAUACAGGAAAAUAAAUGCAUAAAAUGUUUACAAAUUGA